AGCUGCUCCCUCAGUCCUGCUCUGUUGUUCUAGCUCGGGGGGCCCGGGCCACGCGGCGGUUCACCUGUCGCGGCGCGAUUCACCUGCCAUGGAAUGAUUCUCCACUUGGCGUUCGCGCAUUUGGUGGCCGCUCAGGAUUCGGACUGCGCUGCAGAUGGUGCCCUUUGCUGUGCACUGAAGUAUGGCGGUGAGCAGAACUUCUUCAACCAGGAGCAAGCCAGGUGUGAACGAGUGGCCGAUGACUGCACUCCAACGGAGGAAUAUGAUCCGCAGGUGAACAAGUGCGUGACGGUCAGUGACGCUUUGGCGUCUUUCACGAAUGAACCGACCACGUCCACGGCCACGACUUCCUCAGGCCACCUUUGCAUGGAGUGCUGUGGCCAUGGACACCCGGACCCUUCCGAUCCCACAACUUGCGUUUGUGAUGAUGGCUGGACCAGCAAUGCCUUCAGGGCUGAGCAGUGUAGCGUGCAGGUGGAGCAGGCCAAUUCAACUGGCAACACCGAGACCUCCGCGACCCAUGCACCAUCCAUCAUGAUGACGCUGACGAGUGUUUGGGGCUUUUUGCUCAGCAAUGGAGGCCCAGCAUUGUUGCUUACAGUUCUGGUGCUUUGCUGCUGCUGUUGCUACUGCCGUGCCUCGUUGAAGCGCGCGUUCUGCUGGUGUUGCUGUGCAGCUUGUGGGCGGAGAAGUCCCAAUUAUGCGAUGCAGGCACCCGUCGCGCCCCCGCUUUGGCAGCCAGGUGUGCCGCAUGGCAUGCUGCCUCCUCCCAUCUCUGCGCCCUUGGUGAUGGGCGCUCGUCCCUCGACCACAAGGAUGGUUGGAAAAGGACAGCCAAGCUGAUUGCAGCUGAUCGGCUCGUGAAGAGGUGGAUGUUCUGCCGGCCGGGUAGCUUAGCCAGCUGUUGAUUCGAGGGUUUUUUCUAAGAUUGAUCAGUUGGGAUGGUUGAAGAGGGGUCC